CUCUUUAGUCCGAGACCAUCAGGAUAGCGAGAAUAUAAUCUCGAGCUUGCCGACAUGGCGGGGGUAAUCGCAGCCGAGGCUGGCGAGGCUGGGUCGAUAAGGAUUCCAUAUUCGCACACAGUCCAAAAUUCCAGGGAAGAAAAAUACACCCACAAACAGCGUAAAAACCUUCGCAGGAUACAGCUAGAACGGAGAUUAGCACCACUUCCACUGGAUCCAAGGAGUUUCCUGAUACACAAUGAAGACAAAGAUUUUGACAACCUACUUCGGGGGAUUCAAGGAAACGCUGACCGGCCCCAAAGCCUACCUGACAGCGUUGAGAAUUUGGAAACUUCAAGCCAAGCGCAUCAAAGCUUUUCUCGCACCCUCAAGACCCAGAAGGAUCCGAUUGAGAGCAAUUCAAGACCUCCUGUCGUUCAACAGUCCGCGGAACUAUAUAAUAUUCAGAGAGGUUUCGACAUGGCUAACCGAACAGUGAGCAUAAUUGCCAGCGCGAAACCACUCUGUACAUCUGUCCUUGGAACUGCGAGAGAUAAGGAAGAUACUGUGCAAAAGGCUGCGAUAACUCAAGUUACACGCACGAGAUCAGACGAGAGGAGACAGAGCAACACGGCAAACGAGAAGGUAGAGCAGCGGAGAACAGGAACGGUCCGACGGGCCAGAAAGGUCCCGAAAUUUGCAUUUGAGCCUAUGCGAAAAAAGAACGAGAACAAGAGUGAGGGAAAGGUACGGGAUCCCGACACCAAAGUUGACCAUAGGCCUACGGCGCUGGAGUUCGAGCGUGGUGGUGUAGCCGCUGUGGAGGCUCAAGGUGUAUUCGAGAAAUCAGGAAAAGUCGCAGCCAUCGAUAAAGAGGGGGGUGAACAGACUUCAUCAAAUAGUGAUUUGAAAACACAGAGCCGCGCUGGGAGUUCUGAAACGGGGAAGAAGGUCAUGACUGGGGCGGGUACGGGUUCCACGCAACCGACAAAAAGGACGCCACGUAAGCUAAAGAUGGAGCUUCCCAUGAUCUUGAUGGGGGAGACAAUCCCGUCCACAGCUGAUUCGGGGUCAGAAGAAAACAUCAUUUCCAAUGAAGUUAUACUGGCUCUGGGUCUUAUUAUUGAUGAUGCCCCCCAGCACCAGCGAGAGUUUCGUAUGGGAAAUAACCGCAUAGUGAUCGCCCUUGGGCGCAUAGUGGUUGCAUGUACCUUUGCACGAGACCAGAGCGUCCAGCUGCAGUGCUGUUUUUAUGUCUUCCAAACUCUUAUUGCACCUCUCAUCAUGGGCAUGGCCUUUCUCGACGAGACGGAAACACUCACAAAGAAUAAACAUCGACUCCAACCUCGCAACGCUCCGUUGCAAGGACCACUCGUCUGUGCCUCACUCAACAAUCCCAGAAGGCGAUUGCGGUGUUUCGUAGUGCCAGAAGGCGUUCGUUAUGUCGAUCGAGCCGAGAAGCAGAAAUGCAAAACCCUAGUCAAUGCCGAUACUGGUUCUGAAUUGGACUUGGUGUCAUUGGACUUUUGCAUGAGGCGCAAUCUUGGCAUUCGCCGGCUGGACGAGGGCUACUCGGAGAUCCAAUUUGCUGACGGUAGCAUUGGCUCCCUGGUCGGUCAAGUGAAACUCCGAGUUCCAAUUGGGCGCUGGACAGGAGAUGUUCUUGGACGAACAUUUUAUGUUUUUCCUGAUCUGACUUGCGACAUGUUGUUUGGGGAGGAGUUUUUGGAUGAAUUUGAUGCAUUCGACACUUAUCGAGACACGGUAUACCUGGAGGAUGAUCUCGAAAUAGCUCAAGUAAGCACGAUUGUCUGGCUCAGGGCAUAUGAGAGGCUCCUCCUUUGGCCCCUUCAGUCACGGCGGCAAAAUAGCCACAACGAUACGUUGGGACCCGAGAUGAAAAGCUCUGAGGUAGUUCUGGACGCGGAGUCAGGAGUGACUGCGACCACUGCUCAAUCGGAUGGAGACCAAAACGUUGAGAAUUCAAGAUCAGGUCUGGAGGAAGUUUCUCCCCAACCAGCAGGCACUCAAUCGGAUGGAGGCCAAAACGUUGAGAAUUCAGGGUCAGGCCUGGGAGAAGUUUUUCCCCAACCAGCAGCCACACAAUCGACCAAAAGUCCACAUAGCCGUGAUCUACUGAACACCCCUUCAGGGGCAGCCUCUGUCUCGAAAAAGAUGAGUAUCGUAAAGUCGGUCUACAAUUGGCUACUUGCAGCUCGACGGAGGGCAGUCCACCGCUUACGACAUCCUCCACCUUUGGCAACGAAUUCUGAGCCUGACCUUGAUGCUCAAAUAGAUGAACUAGAUGCACGAGAAAAUCGCCGGCGAGAAGAAGUUAAGAGAAUGAUCGAGUCCCUUCCACCGCAGGAAAAAGCAAACGCUACUGAGUUGGAAGUGGAGAAAGGGACUGCUUUCUAUCGAGAUAGGGGUAAUCUGAUUUGCUUGAGGGACAAGUACAAGGUUAACUCUGUAUCUCAACGUGCAUCUUGAGGCGGUGUAGCUUUGUUACUCUUGAAGGCUCUGCAUUUGAAAAAAGGGUUAAUGCGGGAAGUCGUAGGCGUGUAUGUACUAAUUCAUGAUUGGAAGCUUUUUCGUCUGAAAUUUUUCAAACAAUCAAAAUACCCGAGUCUCUUCUUCG